CUUCCGCUUCACUCUGAGAGCAGGAGUGUCGAUCUGCACCAUAACCUUCACAGACUAAGCUUUAACCUUCGACGUUCAGACCGACUCGAAGCUUUAAUCUUACUCGUCUAGGUCGUGUUUAAGGCUCUGUAUCGCGUCGCGGGCGGAGAUAUGACUCUGAGUUUAGUCAGAAGAACGGCUGCGGUCAGUCUGCUCGGCGCGCACACGGCGCUCGUGCCCGCGCCCGCACUCAAACCGCGGAGCGAGGACGAGCUCGACGGGUGCGCGGAUGAACCGGACGCCGCGGUGAAGCCGGUAAGACCGGGAACCAACGGCCUGAAGGGACUGCAACUGGACGGACGCUUCGUUUGCGCGGCGGACGGAUCUCUACCGAACACACCGGACCCGCAGGAGUUCGGUUCCGCCGAACUGGAUCGCGACACGAGACAGCUCUUGUUGGAUUUCUACCGCACGCACACCGGAAUGUGUCCGCAGGACCGGAAGCAGCAUCACGCGCUACCGACAAUGACUCGCGUUGUCGCGGACGUUCUCUUAAAGCACGAGACUACAUUCAAAGGAAUGUUGCAGCGUCUACAGCUGGAAUCUCAAGCAGACGACAUGAGCUUCAUCAGCUUUAUAGCAGAGACGAUGUUCAGAGACGACACCACCAACUGGGGCCGGAUCGUGAGUCUGGUGGCCUUCGGGGCUGUGGUGUGCUCGCGUCUGAAAGAGCUGCAGAGGGAGCGGUGCGUGGAGACGGUGACCCAGCAGAUCUCCUCCUAUCUGAUCUCAGAACAGCACGACUGGCUGCUCAACAACAAGCAUGGAUUCGUGGAGUUUUUCCACGUGGAGGAUGUGGAGUCUGUGAUUCGUAAUGCUUUGAUGGCUGUGGUGGGAUGCGCUGGGAUCGGCGCCGGUCUCGCUUUCCUGAUCCGGUGA